CCUUGUUGUUUACCCAGCAGGUGGAUGUGACGUCAGGGACGCACAACAGCAAAAAAUAACAACAUCUCCCUCCGCGACGUGUUGGCCUCUCUCGCGCGCCUUAUUUAUUUAUUUGUUCCGGGAGGCCGGGGGGAGCCGGGUGGGCGCCAGUACCCGUGUGGCCCAGGGAGGGGGCGCAGCGGCUCGCGCUCUGGGGGUGCCGCGAGGCCUUGGGGGCGCGUGAGGCGGAGAAGGGGCCCUGGCAAGAGGCCGGGAGGCCGGCUGGGGAGCGCCCCCAGUCCGGCGCUCCCCGCGCCUCUGCCGCCGCCGCCGCCGCCGCCAGUGGCGCUGGCUGGGCUCCGGGAAGCUAGUCCGGAGCGGAGGAAUCUAUUGUUAUUUAUUGUGUGGCGGUUGCACGCUGUACUCGCGGCGGCCCGGCCCUCGUCCGGGAGUGCGUGUGUGCGCGCGUGUGUGCGCGAGUGAGUGUGUGCGCGGGGGUGCGCGCGCGGGCGGGAGUGGGCGCGCGCGGGGGAAAGGCCCGAAAACACCUUAGUUUGCACCGAGAGACCAUUUGCAGCGGAACCCGAAAGUUUGCAAGAGGAAGAGAGCGCGCGGCGAGCAAACGGGCAAGGGGCAGCGGCAGCGGCGCGGGGGACCAUGGUGCUGCCGGCGCCUCCUCCGCGGGCGUGAAGGCGGCGCUCCCACUCCCUCCCCGGACUCUGCGGUGUCCCAGGACCUUUUGCUGACAAUUCCAGUUUCCAAAAAAAAAAAAAAAAACAUCUGGGCGAUGGUGAGGGCUUCGAUCCCUUCUCUGAUUUGCUGUCAACCAUGAACGGGUGGAUGUGAUGCUUGCUGGCCAAAAGGUGUCCCUCCGUGUGUUGCAGUCCUGUGGCAUCAUGCGUGCCUCCAACCAGUGACCCCCAGGCUUUUUAUGGCUGUGAGACACGAUAAAAGUUCAGGGGUAAGAAGUGACCUUUUGAGGUGACUAUACCUGAAGAUUGCUUUCCAGAAGCCAAAAAAGGUUUUUGAGUCAUGAUGCAAGAAUCUGGGACUGAGACAAAAAGUAACGGUUCAGCCAUCCAGAACGGGUCGAGCGGCGGCAACCACUUGCUCCAGUGCGGGAGUCUUCGCGAAGGACGGUCCAACGGGGAGACGCCGGCCGCGGACGCGGGGGCCGCCGAGCUCGUGCACGUGCAGCAGCAGCAGCAGCAAGCACUUCAAGUGGCCAGACAGCUUCUCCUUCAGCAGCAACAACAGCAGCAAGUUAGUGGAUUAAAAUCUCCCAAGAGGAAUGACAAACAACCAGCCCUUCAGGUUCCCGUGUCAGUGGCUAUGAUGACACCUCAAGUUAUCACUCCCCAGCAAAUGCAGCAGAUCCUCCAGCAACAAGUGCUGAGCCCUCAGCAGCUCCAGGUCCUCCUCCAGCAACAGCAGGCCCUCAUGCUCCAACAGCAGCAGCUUCAAGAGUUUUAUAAAAAACAACAGGAACAGUUGCAGCUUCAACUUUUACAACAACAACAUGCUGGAAAGCAGCCUAAAGAGCAGCAGCAGGUGGCUACCCAGCAGUUGGCUUUUCAGCAGCAGCUCCUCCAGAUGCAGCAGCUCCAGCAGCAGCACCUCCUGUCUUUACAGCGCCAAGGCCUCCUUACGAUUCAGCCGGGGCAGCCUGCCCUUCCCCUCCAGCCCCUUGCUCAAGGCAUGAUUCCAACAGAACUGCAGCAGCUCUGGAAAGAAGUGACAAGUGCUCAUUCUGCAGAAGAAAGCACAGGCAGCAAUCACAGCAGUUUGGAUCUGACCACGACAUGUGUCUCGUCCUCUGCACCUUCCAAGACCUCCUUAAUAAUGAACCCACAUGCCUCUACCAAUGGACAGCUCUCAGUCCACACUCCCAAAAGGGAAAGUUUGUCCCAUGAGGAGCACCCCCAUAGCCAUCCUCUCUAUGGACAUGGUGUGUGCAAGUGGCCAGGCUGUGAAGCAGUGUGCGAAGAUUUCCAAUCAUUUCUAAAACAUCUCAACAGUGAGCAUGCGCUGGACGAUAGAAGUACAGCUCAAUGUAGAGUACAAAUGCAGGUUGUACAGCAGUUAGAGCUACAGCUUGCAAAAGACAAGGAGCGUCUGCAAGCCAUGAUGACCCAUCUGCACGUGAAGUCUACGGAACCCAAAGCCGCCCCUCAACCCCUGAAUCUGGUAUCAAGUGUCACACUCUCCAAGUCUGCAUCUGAGGCUUCUCCACAGAGCUUACCUCAUACUCCGACGACCCCAACCGCCCCCAUCACUCCUGUCACCCAAGGCCCCUCCGUCAUCACCACCACCAGCAUGCAUACGGUGGGACCCAUCCGCCGGCGGUACUCGGACAAAUACAACGUGCCCAUUUCUUCAGCAGAUAUUGCGCAGAACCAAGAAUUUUAUAAGAACGCAGAAGUUAGACCACCAUUUACGUAUGCAUCUUUAAUUAGGCAGGCCAUUCUCGAAUCUCCAGAAAAGCAGCUAACACUAAAUGAAAUCUAUAACUGGUUCACACGAAUGUUUGCUUACUUUCGACGCAAUGCUGCCACGUGGAAGGGUGCCAUUCGCACCAACCUCUCACUGCAUAAGUGCUUUAUCAGAGUAGAGGAUGAGUUUGGGUCCUUUUGGACAGUUGAUGAUGAAGAGUUUAAACGUGGCCGCCAUAUUCAACGAGGCCGUCCUCGCAAAUACUGCCCCGAUGAAAACUUUGACGAGCUUGUCACACAUAACCCUUCCCUUAUUAAAAACAUGCAGACCAGCCACGCCUAUUGCACGCCCCUCAAUGCAGCUUUACAGGCUUCGAUGGCUGAGAAUAGUAUACCUCUAUACACUACCGCUUCCAUGGGAAAUCCCACUCUGGGCAACUUAGCCAGCGCAAUACGGGAAGAGCUGAACGGGGCAAUGGAACAUACCAACAGCAACGAGAGUGACAGCAGUCCAGGCAGAUCCCCUCUGCAAGCCGUGCAUCCCGUGCACGUCAAAGAAGAACCCCUCGAUCCAGAGGAAGCUGAAGGGCCUCUGUCCUUAGUGACAACAGCCAACCACAGUCCAGAUUUUGACCACGACAGAGAUUACGAAGACGAACCAGUAAAUGAGGACAUGGAGUGAACGUCUCUGGGCGGGGGCCAACCCCAAGAACGAAGAUUGGGAAACAAAACAAAACAAAACAAAACAAAAAAACAAAACACGUCAAAAGUUAGCAGUGAAAUUGUUCUCCAUUUGUUGUACAGUCUGGAGGAUUUUCACUACAUUUUGACAACGCUGAAACGUGUUAACUCUUAGUGCCAUCAAGAAUCCCAUUUGGGAGUAUUUUUGAUUUUUCUACUUUUUGUUGAAAAAAGGAAUUUGUACUCUGUGCAUUGGAUGGACUUGUUUGGUACUUGGGAUUUUCCUCUCUUAACAGUCAACAUCAGUGUUGUAAAUUUGCUAAACUGAUUCACUUUUAGCAGCAGACUUUGAACUGCAGUCCUGCCAACGUUGGACACUGAGGACACCCAACUGAGCAUGUGCACCUAAGCUGCAGACCAAGCCUCUGCCCAGAAUUUAAGGAUUCCAAUGGACGACCUAUUUGCACAGUACUGCAUGUUGAUUAUCACUGCCUUUACUCCUCUUUUUUUUUUUUUUUUUGUUUUUUGUUUUUGUUCUCGUUUUGCUUCCAGUUGGGAUGGGGAAGGCCUUUGUGUGUGUAUUGGGGGGAGGGGGUUAAAAAGUAAUUAUCCCAAACUUUUUAAUGUAUUGCUUUUUUUUUUUUUUUUUUUUUUUGCUUCUAC